AUGGCCACCUACCCCCUCCUCCUCCUCUUCGCCGCCGUCGCCGUAGCCGUAGCGGCGGCGUCGUCCGCGGGGGACAAGCCAACGGCGUACGAGAUGCUGGAGCGGUACGACUUCCCGCGGGGCAUCCUGCCGGAGGGGGUGGAGGGGUACGAGCUCGAUCCGGACGGCGGCUUCCAGGUGUACUUCCCGCGGGAGUGCGAGUUCCUGCUAGCGAAGCAGUGGCUGGUCAAGUACGACACGCGCAUCGCCGGCGCCGCCAGCGCGGGCAAGCUCGCGGCGCUGCAGGGCAUCUACGUCAAGGUACUCUUCCUGUGGAUCCCCGUCGCCGAGGUCGACCGCGCCGGCGACCGCCUCAGCUUCUACAUCGGCCCCGUCUCCACGUCCUUCCCGCUAAGCGACUUCGCCAGCAGCGCGCACUGUCGCGGCUACCACGACCGCGCCGCCGUCGCUGCGGCCGUCUCGUGA